AAAAAAUGAAUUGCUAGCUGUCAACGAUAGAGGUGGGGUAGACGGCCCAUUGCCGGUGCCGGUAACGGCGUCUUUUACUGACGAUGGAGAACACUGGUGUGAGGAAGAAGAAAUAAUAAUCUGGUUUUGAAAGCUGGUAAUGGCCGGUUGCAGAGAAUGGAUAUUGAGUUGAAUGCCUUGUGUAAACCUGCUGAAGAACGGCUGGCGAGGAUGGAAUUGAUGCUUGCGGAAGGAUCAACGCCGCCUCCACGUGCAAAGAAGACGGCCGGAAAAGCUGCCGACGAUCCUUACUGUUACGCAGUGAAAAGGGAUGGAUUCCAGACUUGCGUAAAGAACCUUUCUUCUUUGCAAGCAUUUCUCCAGAAGGAAUCCUGUGGUGAUGAUGAUGGUGGUGCACUCAGAGAUUUGGAAAUCCAAAUCAGGGACUUUGCACUCGGAGCUGAAGAUGACAUCGAAAUGCAGCUUAGCAACAUCCUUCUCGCUGAAGAUGGGGAGUAUCGAGAAAAAGCUUCCCACAAACUCUAUCAAUCUUUGCGAGAGGCAGCAAAAAAUGCAAAAGAGCUGUUGAAGAUUCUAGCCAGGGAAAAAGAGUCGUGUGUAAGUGAGACCGAGAUGGCUAUUGCUGCUUUAACUACUCUCGUGACAACAUUUGAGUAUUACUUUUUGCACCCCUUCCCAACGGUGUCUCUUGAUGAUGAAGCAGCAAUGAUAUCUUUCUUUGAAAACUUUUAUUCUCUGCAAACCUCUCUCCAGAAGGAAUCCGGUGGUGAUGGUGGUGCUGCAAUAAAAAAAGUGGAAACCAAAAUCAGAAACUUUGCACUCAAAGCUGAAGGUGACAUUGAAAUGCAAGUAAGCAACUUUCUUCUAGCCAAAGACACCGAGCAUGAAGAAGAAGCUUCUCAGGAACUCCGUCAAACCAUGCAAGAUGCAGCAGAAAAUGCAGCUGAGUUGUUGAAGAUUUUCAACGAAGAAAUAGAUCAUGAAAGAGUGAGGAAGAUGACUUGUGGUGCUCUAACUUCUCUCAUAGAAACUAUUAAGCUUCGGCUUCUGCCAAGCACCACAUGCUUUUGGUGGCCAUAUCCUUGUUGUGAAGGAGCAAUCAAAUCUUUCCUAAGAAACCUUUCUUCUUUGAAAGCCUUUCUCCAGAAGGAAUCCAUUGGUGAUGGUGGUGUACUCAAAGAUUUGGAAAUCCAAAUCAAAAACUUUGUACUCAAAGCUGAAGGUGACAUCCAAAAACAACUUGACAACUUUCUUGCUCCCCGUGAACUCAACCAAAUUCUGCAAGAAGCAGCAAACAGUGCAACAGAGCUGUUGAAGAUUCUAACCAGACUUAAAGAGUCCUGUUUAAGUGAGAGAGAGAUGGCUAGUGCUGCUUUAAGCAUUCUCAUGACAAAGUUUGAGUAUUACUUUUUGGAACCCAUCCCAUUGGUGUCUCUUGAUGCUGUAGCUAUUAUGCCUUUCUUCGAAUACCUUUCUUCUUUGCAUGCUUUUCUCCAGAAGGAAUCCAGUGGUGAUGGUGGUGCACUCAAAGAUUUGGAAAUCCAAAUCAGAAACUUUGCACUCAAAGCUGAAGAUGACAUCCAAAUACAACUUGGCAAAAAAUUUGCUUCAGUUGAACUCCGACGAACUUUGCAAGAAGCAUCAAAGAAUGCUAAAGAACUGUUGAUAAUAACCAUACAAAAAGAGUCCUUAAGUGAGAGGGAGAUGGCUAGUGCUGCUUUAAGCAUUCUCAUAACAAAGCUCCAGUAUUUCUUUUUGAAACGCACCUCAUUGGUGUCUCUUGAUGUCGAAGCUAUUAAGCCUUUCUUCUAUGACCGUUAUCUUUAUAAAGAAUACCUUUUGCUUCCCAAUCCACCUUUUAAUGAUGAAGCAGGCCAAGAAGCAGUGAAAUCUUUCUUCAGAAAGCUUUGUUCUCUGCAAGCCAUAUUGCAGAGGAAAUCUAAUAGUAGUGCUGCAAUCAGAAAAUUUGCACGAAAAGCUGGAGUUGACAUCAGUAUACAACUACGCGAGUUUCUUAUAGCCAAAGACACCGAGCAUGAAGAAAAAGCUACCCAGGAACUCUAUCAAACCUUCCAAGUUGCAGCCAAAAUUGCAGCAGAGAUUAUCGACAAAGAGGAACAGCAUGAGACAGAGAGGGAGAUGACGUGUGCUGCUUUAACUUCUCUCAGGGCAACAAUUGGUGAGAUUAUCAACAAAGAUUUCUUGGAAAAGUUUUCUUCUUCGCAACUCUUUCUGCGGGAGGAAUCUACUGAUGGUGUUGCUUUAAGUAGUCUCAAGGGAGCAAUUGAGAAGGGGUUUCUUGAUGAUGAAGCAGCAAGAGAACCUUUCCUUGAAAACAUUUCAUCUUUGCAAGCUUUUUUGCAAAAGGAGUCCACUGGUGGGGCUGCAGUGGAAGAUUUGGAAACUAAAAUCAAAGACUUUGCACUCAAAGCAGGAGAUGAUAUCAAAAUAAAACUAAACAAUUUUCUUCGGACCAAAGACACAGAGUAUCAAGAAAAACUUUCUCAGGAACUCCAUCAAUCCAUGCGAGAAGCAGCGGAAAGUGCAGCAGAAGCUUUCUAA